GUAAUACCACUUUUAUCUUCUAGUACUUUCAUUCACUUACUUCUAAAGAUGAAUAAAAUAACAUUAUUGUGUAGAAGUACAUUAGUCAAUCAAUUUAUCAAAUCAUCUAUAAUUGGCAAUGUAUCAAUAAUCACAAAAUCUUUUUGUUCAAACCCUAAUUUUAAACCAUUUGAAAAUAACACGCAAUUAGACGAUUCUACAGAAAGAAUUGUAAAUGUUGCUGUUAUUGGUUUGCCAAAUGCUGGUAAAAGUACUUUGAUCAAUAAUCUUAUUGAUCGCAAGGUUUGUGCUGCCUCGAGUAAAGUGCACACUACGAGAAAAGUUGCCAAAGGAAUUUGUACAGAAGGCAAUACACAAAUUGUAUUCCUCGAUACACCAGGAUUAGUCACAAAGCAAGAGAAAAACAGAUAUCAGUUAGAGGAAUCAUUUGUUAACUCUUUCAAAUCAUGUAUGGAAGCGGCUGAUGUUGUUUGCGUUGUUCAAGAUGCUAGUAAUCACUGGACUAGAGACAAAUUACACAAUAAAAUUAGAAAGCUUCUCGAUAGAUUUUCAAAUGUUCCUAGCGUUUUGGUAUUAAACAAAAUAGAUUUACUAAAAUCUAAACGAGUAUUGCUAGACUUAGUGAGGAAUUUAACUGAGGGAAAGUUGUCGGAUAGACAUCAUAAAGAUGAAAGUCCUGUUGAUUUUGAUCUUGAUUAUUCAGAAAAUAAUGAUGAUAAACUAGAACCAUUAGAUAAUGAAAAGAAGAAAGGUUGGCCUAAAUUCACUAAUGUUUUUAUGGUUUCUUCAAUUGAACACACAGGAUUAGAAGAGCUCAAGGAAUAUCUCACAGCAUUGUCUAGACCAUGUCCAUGGAUUUACAGCCCAUUACAAAAUUCAGAUUUAUCAAAUGAUAAAAUAAUAACAGAGGCAGUACGUGCUAAACUUUUAGAUUUCAUGCCCCAAGAAAUUCCAUAUAAGUUAAAAGCAGAACUUGAAUUGUAUGAGGAAAGCGAAGAAGGUAUAAUCACAGCUUCUGUAGUAGUUACUUGUCCAAGUGAAAGGAUAAGAAAAUUAUUAGAAGGUUCUGCAGGAGGUAAACUUAGACAAAUUACAAAUUAUGUAACAGCAGAUCUGCGAGAAGCAUUCUAUCAACCUGUUAAUUUAAUUAUAUCUACUGCUGUAACUCCAAAUUAA